AUGACAAGCAACAUGGCGGAGCCCCCACCGGUCGUACCGCCGCGGACGGGAUCUGUAGGCACUGGAAAGGCUUCCUCCAACGUCGUUUCAACAAUAUCCCAAUUUGCGGAUGAUCACCUCACGCUUGUGAGGAGUCUCAGCACCGGUCUUGCAAUAGCUGGGGUGGUUAUAAUAGCACGAAGCAUUAAACUGACUGCUAAGUUUGGCGCGGCCUCGGAAAUCCCAGCUUUUUUCGUAGAGAGGAACGUCAGCCUGCGAGGCAGAGUGCAUCGGGUCACAGACAAGGGACUGGAGGUGGAGCACACCCCAAUCAGGAUCCCGGUGCUUUCGUCCCUGCUCGGGAAAUGCCGCUCGGACAGCCUGCUUGACGUGCGUCUUGCUGGAGUGCAGGUGACCGACGAGGGCUGGGCGUGGCUUCGGGACCACCUGACGUCCACAGAGACCGUGUGGUUCAGGCUCAUUCGGCGAGACAACGACACUCUCGACUGCCUGGUGUCGCUGGGCAGGAGGGUUGCAUUCAACAUGUGUGUGAAUGAGGAGCUGCUUCGCCUGGGCCUGGGAAGGACCGUGCCGGUGCUGGGCCUUCACCACGGCUCCCGGUUCUACUGGAGGGUCCACCGGCGCCUGCUGAGGGCCGAGGUGCAGGCGGAGAGGAAGAGGCGGGGCUUAUGGGUGCAGGAGAGCUUCUGGAAGAGGCUAGCAGGGGCUCUCAGUGGCAGUGCGGUGGUGCGGCUGCUUAUAAAACUGUUCAAACGGACCUAGAACCUCAGAGAGGACAAAAGCUGGGCUGGAUUUUGGCUGGAUGGAAGGUUAAUAUGUAAAGACAAGCGAGAAGUACUGCCUGGUCAGAUAUAUUUUUGGUAAUUAACGUGACUUUGUAAAAACUUUAUUUGUAAAUAAAUACAAUAUUUAGCAUGUGGUCUGUUAUGUCACAUGUUAAAACUUGAUGUGACUUAGGAGCUACGCCUGUAAUACUUGGGUAAUUGCAGAUUUUUGUUUUUUUCUUAACACAUGCACACUGCAGAUAAGUUGAUCUUUAGACUAAUGUGGAUUUGUGAAGCUCAGGAUCACCUGGACUACAGGAGUGCUGAAGUGAUUCCCGCAAUCAUUUUGGUGACCCCCUGCCCCCCCUUUCGAAAACUUCUCUUUGCUGUUGUCCUCUGACAGGGAGCCACAUUGUUACGGUAAUAGUGCUGGAGGGGUCCACUACUCCCCCUCACACCCCCCCCCCCCCCCCCACUGAGAAAGGGGACUCGGUUGUCAUGGUAGCAUUCAAAGGACAAAGCAAACCGAAAAAAGUGAAACCCUAGAUAGCUGUAAGAGGCCCAGCACAAAAGGCAGGGUAUAAAUUCAGUAUGGGGGGGGGGGGGGGUGUGGGUGGCAUCAGAGAAUCCUUAGAUAAAAUGUGACACUUAAAAAAUUGUUUAAAAACAAUUAACAAUUGAAGGAAUGAAUAUGUAACCCCCAAUUUAAAAUACAAUAACACAGAAAGUGCUUAACACGCUAAAGCCUUUGUGUUCCCGGGCUAUUUACACUGUAGCAAAUGUGGUUUGAUUUAUUUUUUACUUCACCGGUAAAUUAUUUCAGUCAGAACAGAAUCUAAGUUCUUGCCAAGGUGGUGCUGCUCUGUGUGGGGGGAAGUGGGGUAAAGCUAAAUCCUCAACAGCCACAAAUCGCUCUCCCUGUGUGUGCGAGUGGGGUUUGGAUGGAGGAGAGCGAAAGAAAAUGUCCCCAGAAGAAAGACGGAGCCGAGUCUUUGUUGUGCCGCUCCCACGGGCGGCCAGGGCGAGCUGGUCGCCCCUCAUUGGGUGGCUGUUUGAACUAGAAGGUAAAUGAAAAUCUGGAAGCUGGUCUGGAGGACUUUGGACUGACAGGGAGCGUAAAAGACGGUUAGAGGGAGGGUCGGUGUGGGAGGGAAACCGCGGACAGGAUCACAGCGGACCGGGAGGCACAGAGCGGCCAUCCCGCCGUCAGGGCUGAUGAAACACAUCAAAUUAAACCUGAAGCGACAUCCACAUUUAAUAAAACAUUCGUGUUUAAUUCUAAUGAAGUGCCGUAUAUGCGUGGUUUUUAAAGUUUAUUCAGACUGUGAAUGAAAUUUAAGUACUAAAUAUACUUUUACUGAAUGUGUUUAACUUGUAUGUUUAGCAACACAAUAAAAAUAUUCUUGAAUACUGAA